UGUUCAUCGGCGCUAACUUGUAUAGGUAAAGCCGGGCUAGUCGCUGCACUAGCGGAUCUGCUGCUCGAUCCAGUAUGUCACCCAUUUAUCUUCUUAACUCCCAGCGCCUUUUCUCCUACUACGCCACGCAUCUGCCUUUUCAGAUGGUACCUUCCUCUUCACUCCUAGGCCCCCGGUACGUCAUCUCUCACGCCAGCUCAUCCCAACGCCAGGCCAUCGGGCCCCAUACACACGGCCAUUCCAACAUUCACGGGGCAUUUGCUUCAAGAGAGGACCUGCUUCUUAUGGGGAGCAACUCCGGAACACAGCUCACAUGCUCGACAUCUCAUUACGGAGUUCUCCAUGGGCACGAGUUUCGACCAAGCGGAAACGCCGCGUACGUGUCAUACGAAACGCUCCUUUACACGACCGACCUGUGUCGUAGUAUCCAAUACUGUACCUGGAGCUUCAGCUUUGCACAUGUGAGCUUCAGCGUCUUUCACAACAGCAUUUUCCAUUUUCGUGCGUAUGCACUCGGACUGGCCGGUUUUCUCAAGCUUCGGAAUCGAUUCGAGAUGAGGAAGGUCGCUCGUAUUGGUUUAUGCCAAUUCGUGCCAGUUGGUUUAAGGGGCCUUGGGCCUUGGGUGCGAGGCGAUUCUUUUACCUAGCUUUUGCGAAUGUCGGUCCGACAUAGACCACCGUUGUAGCGGUAAGGCGACAAGCUAACUCGAUAGGACUCAACGCUUUGCAGACCAGGCCUCGGAGGGCGAGGCCCUACUUUCUUCCAUCUUCCAGGCAUGCAUACAACUUCUAGUCUUGGCGCCUAAUAUACUGAUACCGUUGCGUGCUGAGCCGAGCGCGUACGUCAUGCCGGGCGCAGAUACGGUUCCAGAGCCACGAAGCCUUGCAAGCCAGCUCCGAAAAUAACAAGGCCUUGGCUCGGAGAAUUUCCAGUGAAGCUGCCGUGAAGCUGACCGGACCGGCUUACCAACGUCGAUGCCGCUUCGAUCGUCCGGUCUUCCGGCUUCUAUUCGCUCAAUAGCCCACCCUCUACACUCGCUAAUGUACUACU